ACUCUCCAGUUGCACGUGCUACGACUUCCUCUGGAUACAUUGUGUCCGUCAUGGGUGUUGACUGCACCAUUCUCGCGUUCAGCGCCCAGCUCAUUCUGCUACCUCUGUCCGGCCUGCUCACCUUGCCAAUCGUCAUCUACAUGCUGACCACUCGAGUGGGUAUGGGUCCAGGAUUGAGCUGUGGGUCUGUGCUACUGGCCGCGCUGAUUGGAUUUUGGAUCGCAGUGAUGUCGUAUUACAGCCUCCAGCGGCGCAGCAUGAAACUUCGUGACGACCGGCUGAAGUGCAUGCUCGACCUGCUCAGUUCCAUACGAACCGUGAAGAUGUAUGCGUGGGAACAAAGUCACCUUGACUCCCUAAAACGCCUGAGGGAAAGAGAGUUGAGGCACGUUCUCAAAGUCAACGUUAUCAAUGGAACUGUGGACGCUGUCUACAGUGCACUGAGUUCUUUGUUGAUCAUCAUAAUGUACGGGUCACUGGCUCUUCUGGACCCGACUCGGCUGUUGACCGCUUCCGAGGCAUUCUCUUGUAUCUACCUCCUAUCACUGAUCGAAGGUUUCUGUGCUACAUUGACGAUCGCCAUGAGGACAAUAAAUGCGGAGUCAACACUGAACUAG